AUGCCGGCCGGAAACUCAGUCAAUACCCCUUGGGAGAGCAAGCAUGAUCUUGCUGUCCUUAGGUCUAUCGUCCAAUCCACCCUCUCCUCUCGCUCUACCAUCUACGCCAGCGACGACCUCGCCGAAGUCAACAAUAAUGGCGGCGACCGUAUCAACAAGAAGAUCCAGCAGAUCCUCGGCAAGCUGGUCAGCACCUAUCCCGGGGCGGAGAACAUGGUCAAGGAGGAAGUGGGCAAAAUGGGAAGGGGAGGGGAGCGGAAGGCGGCUGACGAGGGAUCGGGAUCGCCGACGAAGUCACCAAAGAGGACGCCGUCGACGGGUGGAGCAAAGAAGGGUAGGGCGAGCAGGAAGGGAGCUGAGGCGGAAGAGGAGGCUGAAGAAGAGGAUCUGGAGGACGAGAGUAGCUAG